GCCCACGGGUCGCCAAGCUCGAGCGGCAGGCCGCCCCCCGACCGCCGACGCGCAACACAGCCUUUCAACUCGAUCUCAGGACCCUCCCUGCUUGUCCUCCUUUCUUCCUUUCUGACGCAACACGACACAUUUCAGUUUUAGCGGCGGGUUACUAUCCCCCCGUCUACGCCGGCGACAAGAUGUCGAAAGUCAUUCGGAGCGUCAAGAAUGUCACAAAGGGCUACUCCAGCGUCCAGAUUAAAGUGCGCGAAGCGACCAGCAAUGACCCAUGGGGCCCGACAGGCACGCAGAUGAGCGAGAUCGCUCAGUUGACGUUCAACUCGUCGACCGACUUUUACGAGAUCAUGGAUAUGCUCGACAGGCGACUCAAUGACAAGGGCAAGAAUUGGCGGCACGUUCUCAAGGCGCUCAAGGUUAUGGACUAUUGCUUGCAUGAAGGUUCGGAGCUGGUCGUCACCUGGGCCAAGCAGAACAUCUUCAUCAUCAAGACGUUGCGCGAGUUCCAGUAUAUCGACGAGGAUGGUAGAGAUGUUGGUCAGAAUGUCCGUGUCGCGGCCAAGGAGUUAACCGCACUGAUCCUGGACGAGGAGAGGCUGCGGGCGGAACGAAGCGAUAGAAGGACCUGGAAGUCCCGUGUCAAUGGCCUGGAGGAAUAUGCUCCACGGUAUAAUGAUGGCCAUCGUCCGGAGGCCUCGCGACCGCGGAAUCGGCAGUAUACCGACGAAGAGGAUGCGGAAUACCGUUUGGCGAUCGAGGCCAGCAAAUACCAGGAGGAGGAAGAUAGGAAGAAGCGCGAGAGCCGUCGUGCCGAUGAAGAGGACGAUGACCUAGCAAAAGCCAUCAAGCUCAGUAAAGAGGAGGAGGAGAGGCGCCGGCGGGAGCUGGAGGAGACCAACGCGAAUGCCUUGUUUGACACCAGCGAGCCCACACCGACUAGCCAGCCCCAGUACACCGGCUUUAACCAGGGCUAUCAGCAAGGGAGUGCGGUCGAUUUCUUUGCGAACCCGAUCGACCAGAGUCAAAUGCAGCCCCAGCCUACCGGUUACGUGAACACCGCGUACACGGGAUUCCAGACACAGGCGACUGGGUAUCCGAACGGUUACAGCAACGGGUUUGUCCAGCAGCCGACCGUCUUUGAUCCAUUUGGCCAGCAGCAGCAGCAGCAGCAGCAGCUACAGCAGCUGCAGGUGCCGCAGCAGAGCUUCCAGCCGCAGCUGACUGGGUACAAUCCUUACCUGCUGCAGCAACAGCAGCAGCAGCCUCAGCAGCAGCAAUUCCUUCAGCCACAACCCCAAGACACCGGUCUGCAGCCCGGCAGCAACAACCCAUGGGCCAGCCACAACAACUCCAGCAGCAGCCCUCAGUCCCUCAAGCCCAUGCCGACUGGCUCAAACAACCCCUUCGCCCAGCGCCCCUCGACUGGAUACAAAGCGCAGUCGUCGCUCACUACUCUUGGCAGCCUGCCCGAGCAAAAGACCCUGUCCACUUUCCAACCUCAACAACAGCAAUCCUCUUCCCCAUUUAGCACGACGCAACAAUCCCAGCCUCAAAUCCAACAACAACAACCGAAACAGCAGCAGCAACAACCGCAAAGAGAACUCAGCGAGCACGAGCAGAAGCUCAACGCGCUUCUCGCUACGGGCGAGGGUCUCGACACGUUCGGCAACACCGGCAACCUGCGAAUCCCCGCGCAGCACACAGCUCCGGGUGUGUUUGUGAACAGCGCCGGUGCCGGCCUGGGACGGCUCACCGCCGAGACAACGGGGAACAAUCCGUUCUUGAGGCAGCAGUUCACGGGCAUGCCGGCCGUCUCGUAUCCUCAACAGCAGCAGCAGUUGCCGGCUGCCACGGGCCCGGCGGGAAUGGGAACAGGUCUCGGCUCGACGAACAACCCAUUUGCCGCGAGGGGAGGGGGCCAGCAGCAGGGACAGCAAGGGCAGGGAGAUUUGAUUCAGUUUUAGGAUUGCGAUCAAAUGAAGUCGGGGGAUACCUAGUGUUGAAAGCAUGCGGGCAAGCAUGGACGGCCUGGGUUGUGGUUAGUACGGCGACCAGAUGGAUACGGUUGGGCGGGCAGCCUCCUAAAAGCGGGCGGCGUGCGCGUUUUCCUUUUCUGCCCCUCUUUGUUGGUGUUGACGGAUUAAACUCGAGAAGCACCCCCUUAUUUGUGCUCUUUCCAACACAAGCUACUGUUUUUUUAAAAUUUGUUAUUUUGCAAAGUUUGGGACUCGCUCCUAGCGGAAGAAGAAGCGCUGGAGAGGAAGAAAAUGAGAGGAGCGGUUCAGUUCUUUCUCAAUUCGUGUGGCCU